AUGAAUGAAGAUUAAAUAAACAAAAAUACAAAGUAAUGCGUGUAGAAAGUAUCACAUUGGGUAUUAUUAUGCCACCAGCAAGUGUCCUGAAAAAAUUGUCAUAUUUCUAUACAUGUUAAACAGGUGUAGGAGCUGGGUUUCCUCCUGGAGCAUUAAUUCUAGUUUUUGGCAUGUGGAGAUUACACAAAUUCAUAAAGAAAAGAAAAGCAGUUCAACAGAAGAAAGCAUUUUUCAAAGGUCUUUUGUUGGAACAACAAAUGCAAACAAGUGAAAACAAUGUUGAACAAACCAAGUUGUUUGAUUUAAAAGAGUUAGAGAAGGCAACUAAUUAUUUUAGUAUGGAUAGAAUUCUUGGCCAAGGAGGUCAAGGAACUGUGUACAAAGGUAUGUUGGAAGAUGGAAAGAUUGUUGCUAUAAAGAAGUCUAAAAUAAUUGAUGAAGCCAAACUUUCUCAAUUCAUUAAUGAGGUUGUCAUUCUUACGCAAAUCAAUCAUAGAAAUGUUGUUAAGUUAUUGGGAUGUUGUUUGGAGACAGAUCUUCCACUUCUAGUUUAUGAAGUCAUACCAAACGGGACACUUUCUGAGUUUAUUCAUCAGAGAAAUAUGGAGUUUCCUUUUACAUGGAGCAUGCGAUUGCGAAUUGCAACUGAAGUUGCAGGAGCUCUUUCAUACUUACAUUCAGGGGCUUCUUUUCCAAUUUAUCAUCGAGAUGUUAAGUCUACAAACAUACUCCUAGAUGAAAAAUUGAGAGCAAAAGUUGCAGAUUUUGGUACAUCAAGAACUAUUUCCUUAGAGCAAACUCACUUGACCACUUUAGUUUAUGGCACAUUUGGUUAUCUAGAUCCAGAAUAUUUUCAAUUAAGCCAAUUUACAGAUAAGAGUGAUGUUUAUAGUUUUGGAGUGAUUCUUGUCGAGCUCUUGACUGGACAAAAAGUAAUAUCUGCAACAAGGUCUGAAGAAGGAAAAAGUUUGGCGACAUAUUUCAAAAUGACAAUGAAGGAAAACAGUCUUUUUGACAUUCUUGAUGGUCAAGUUCUCAAAGAUGCGCCAAAAAAAGAGAUCAUAGUUGUUGCUGAUCUUGCACAGAGAUGCUUACAUUUGAGCGGAAGGAAUCGACCUACCAUGAAAGAAGUAGCAAAGGAGCUAGAGAGGAUACAAGUCAUUGAUAAUAAAGAUUCAAAGGGUAGUCAACAUGAUUAUGUAGAGUUAGCAUAUGCACAACCUGAAAUUGCAGACUCUUGGACUAAUUCCACAUCGUCAAUAGAGUUAACUUUUGAUAGUGCUGCUACUAGCUUCUCGUUGCAUCAAGAAUUAUCAUUGUUGUAAGGGUGAACAAAUAUAGUAAUAUCCUUUUUGUACAUAGUACUCUUCACUUAUUUUUUUCUAUCUUAAAUUUGAGAGAUCAAUUAUAUAUUGUGGUUUACUUUAUUGGUUAAUAUUGUUAACUUUGGUUUCAUCUGAUUAUAUUAGCA